UAAAAACUCAAAUGACAGGAUCAGAUGUUUUGUUAUCAUUUAGUGUACUGUAUAAUACAAUGUAUUUUGGAAGUUAAAUUGGCAAGAACGUAAUUGAGGUUUUAAUGUUACAGGCCAAGGAGAUGUUUACAAGUCACAAUGGUUUGGAUAUACAUUGUUUGACUUUCUUUCUGAUAAGGACACGCCAAAUGACACAUUCGAUACAAUGGAGAAUGCUAAUACGCAAAGGGGUCCUGAGGAAAAUCGAGAAGAAUCAUACAAUGAUGAAUCUAUUGUCGAUGAACCCGCAACGGUCGAAGAUGAACCACCGGCGUCUACAAAUACAACAAUGGCGUCUGUAACUGCAACGGCGGCGUCUACGAGUACAGCGACGGCGCCUACUUCUAACAUUUCCCAAGCUAGGAAAAGAAAACGUCGUAAUGAUGCUGACAACGCACAAAAUGAAAUGCUACUUGAUGCAUACUCCAUUUUGAAAAAGACAUCGGCUACUCCUACUGACCACUAUGAAACCUUUGGAAUGCAUGUAGCAAGUGAACUGAGGAAAUAUGACUCCAACACUUUACCUCAUGUGAAGAGGGCAAUAUCAGAUGUGUUGUUCAGAGCAGAUAUUGGAGAAUUUACCCCCAAUCACAACGUCCUUAAUACUUAUGGGUACUACAGUUCUUUCAGUACGCCCACACAGCGUUCGUCUGGAAGUACCUACCAUCCAACUCCUACGCCUCCACCUUCCGAUGCUGUACUUGAAAUUGAAUCAAGGCCUCCUCAACAAGAAGACACUUUACUACACUACCUGACUGACGAAAGAUAAUAACAUGAAAUGUUGUAAUAUGCAAGCUACAUUGUUAAACAUUACAAUAUAUUGAUCUUUUGAAGUACCUAAAUUGUUUUCUUACCUUUAUGUAGUCCCUUAGGGCUUCAAUCAGUGCAUCACAUACUUCUGGAACAAUCACAGAUAUUGGUUGUUUGGAUAUACGAAAGAGGUAUUGCAAACUUGUAAAUGAAUCUCCAGUAGCUAAGAAUCUCAGAGUAAGAGCUAAUCUUUCCUUGGUGGUAAUAGCACGUCGCAUGUACGUGUCACGUUUUUUCACGGCAGGCUCUAUCAAUGUAAGUAAAUGGUCAAAAUCUUGCUUGGACAUUCGCAAGAAAUUUGGCACGUCUUCUUCAAAUCUCACGUCUUCUAGGAGUCUGUUCCCAUAUUCUAACCGAGUUUGAUACAACUUUUUGACCCACCAACGCUUACGUCGCUUUUUCCGUUGUUUUUUUCCAAUAAUCGUCGCCAUCACAAUAUAAGCAGCGGCAGCAACUUGCACAUUUCUAGAACCAAGAGACAUGUUGCAUACUGCCUUCACUACGAAUGCGGGUGGUUCGCGUGCUCGCAGUGAGCGUUCGUGGUUACAAACUAG